AUAGACAAAUAUAUCAAAGCAUGAAUCAUCUUUACAAUUAUUGGCGUAUCUGCUUGCUGUAAAGCAUCCUUCGAUAUGGUGCGUUUGAUAAUGAAACGAAAGCUAAUCCCGUGGAUCUCCUUCAACAGGUUACUCGUGUGUUUAUUAGGCGCUACAGUUGUAUACGGCAUCAAUAAGGUAGUCGCCAUCAACAACAGAAGUAUGGGUGCACAACAAAAUAAUCGAGAGCUGCCCACAACCCAGACGACUUUAACGGUACCUGCCACGGACGAUCCAUCCCAAGAAUUCAGAUACAGACCAGCCAACCCCACGCAUCAGCAACCCCCACCCACCAUCAACCCGGACUUAAAAGCUCAGCUGCAGUCACAUACGGGCGUAGUAUACCCCUCACACACCCUCGACAGAGAAAGGGCAUCGCUAUUCCAAAAUGAUGUAUUUCUGAUGUACGUGAGGGCGUCGACCCUGGACUUCUUCUACAACGCCAUGUGCAGCCACAGACAGAAGGACUACAAGUACAAGAUCGUUGCCAUGACAACGGACGAGACCACCUUCGCCUCACUCACAGCCGCGCAGUUUGACGGAGUGAUUGUACAACAGGCCUCUGCUUCACUCACAGAUAUCCUGGACAGCGUCUUGCAGUACCUGAGCGCUGGUAUUAACGUCGUCACUAACACUAACACUAACCCCGACACUAACACUAAUACUAACACUAACACUAACACUAACACUGACACUGACACUGUCACUAAUACCAACACUGACACUGACACUGACACUGACACUGAUACUGACACUAACACUCACACUCACACUAACACUAACACUGACACUGACACCAACACUGACACUGACACUGACACUGACACUGACGCUAACACUGAUACUGAUACUGACACCACGUCUCCUCUCCGCACGAGGCAGACCCCUUUGCCCACCUACCUACCACUGCCGAUCUCGUGGCUCAAAGCGGUGUGCCCAGUCUCAAGCACGAUCAUCGCCUCUUCGGACAGUGGAAGUUCGGGUUCUUUCGGGUGA